AUGCCGGUGGACGGACAGACGGUGGCAGUGCAUUACUAUGCGCGGCUGGGGGCGAAGCAGGGCUGGCGGUUCGACAAUACGUUCGAGCACCGCGAUGCGAGUGGGGAGCCGAUUCCGUAUGAGUUCGUUGUUGGGGAUCCCAAGGUCAUUCAAGGGCUGAGCAUCGCAGUGCGGGGCAUGAGGGUGGGUGGAGUGCGCAGAGCCAUCAUCCCUCCCAACGUGUCAUAUCAAACCAUAGAGGAUCUGCCUCUUCCUCCCAGAUAUUCUGACAGGCAACGCCUGUUUACCACUGUUUUCAACCCUACACGGCUUGCGAAUGGGGAAGGGUCUUCACUUGGCACAGUUAUCUUUGAUAUCCAGCUGCUUGGAAUCAGAAGCCCUGUGUAG